AUGGUCAAGAAAAAGAAAGAAACUCUAAUGUCAGAUGAGGAGAGGAUUGCCUUUGAAGAACAGAAAAGAUACGCUGAAGAAGAAUUAAAGAAAAAACGGGAAGAUGUUCUUGCACAAUUUUUAAAGGACAAGCUGAUGAAGGAAGAGAAAGCCACAUUGUUCAACCUGAACAAACUCAACUGCCAGUGGAGAAACAUCAUGAGGGAUGCCAAAGCCAAGGAUCUGGUCAAGGACAUUGAGAUUCUAAGCCAGACGUUUGAGAGGGUCAUUGAUUCCAAGGAUGCCGUCAUCAAGUCAUUGUUCAAAGACAUCGCAGAAGCAGAGGAGCAGUACGCAAUGGCCUUGAGAAGUCAUUUGCAGAAGAUUGAUUUCUUGAUGGACCUACAAAUGAAACGCAUUGAAAGUCUGAAUCAGGAAUAUGCCAUGGAACUGGAGAUCAUCUGUGAGGAAUUUGAUCUAGAGAGGUCCAUCUUCAUCGAGCAGCACACGAAUGACAUGUCCAACAUUGCUGAUAUUAUCUUUGCCAUGGAGGAGAACUUUGAGACCCGUGAGAAUGAAGCUCGUGCAGAGUUUCAGUCGAUGCAAGAUGAGAUCAAAAAUAAGAAUCUGGAGGACAAGCAUGCCCUGAAAGUGCAACUAGAAACUAAAAUAGAUGACCUGUGGCAGCAGUUCAAACAAGCCUUACAAACAUACAAUGAAAUGAACGAAGAAAGAAAGAACACAUUCGAGACCCUCAAACAGAAGGAUCUGAAAAACACCAAAGAAAUUGAGCUGCAGAUGCGUAAGCUCCAGAGGCUAGCAGAUCAGAUUGCAAAAAUAAGGGCAAAAAUGGCUGUAACUGCUAAGGAGAGUGAGGAAAGAAACAAAUCCAUAAAAGAGGACAAGGAAAGGGUACAGCAACAUCUCCAAGUUUUGAAGGCUGAAAUGAAUCAAAUUCGGGAUUGUGAAAGAGAAAAACUCACCACACUUACCAUUGAGAGCAAUUCGGCCAUCAAAACCCUCAAGCAGCAAAAGAAACAGGGAGAACAGAUUAUGAGACUUGCUGAAAUGUGUCGCAAGCUGGAGACAGAGGAGGAGAAAGUUCUCCCAUUUUUUGCUUCAUCUCUCACCAGCGAAGAAGAGGAGCAGAUAAGAGAAGCCAUGCUAGAACCACCAACACAUCAGAUAGCUGAAAACUUCUGGAAGCGGUACAAUAAAAAACAAAGUCUGACCAAUGAAAACCACAAACUGCGGAUGCUGCUGAAGCAGUACCUUGACGGUAUCUCUGUGAACGAAGAAAUUCUCAGUCAAGUCAAUCCACUGCUAGUUGUCAAUAAUAGGACUAAUCUAAG